CAGCCGCAGACGCAUUUUGCAAGAGGGUGCGGGGUGAGGGAGACCAGGCCUCGGCUUCCCAACCUCCUGGCUUUGUGGCUUUCUUUCCCUUUCGUUCUUUGCUCCAAGUGCCUGUUUACUCCUGGCCACCUGGGUAGUUUCUUUCCGGGUUGGAAGUGCGCGCCUGCAGCUGUUGGGCUGGGGGCUGCAGGUCGGGGCGCAGGUUGGCUCGAGCUCGCCUCGGGGUCGGGCUCGGGAAGGAGUUGCUGGCUGAAGAUGGGAGGGGGCGGCGGCGGAGCUGGCGGCGAGGAGGAGUCUCAGGGCUGCCGCGCUCGCCUCUUCUUGUCCUCCUCCUCCUGCUCUCCGCAUCCACUCCGGGUUCCUUCCUGGGCUGGCACUUCCAUCCCCCCUCCUCCUGGCAUUCGAAGCGCUUUGUUCAGUGCAGCGUUGCAGAGGGGUUUUCCCAGGCUCCGCCCUCCGCAUUCAUUCAUGUUUUUUCUCCUUGCAACUGUCUUUACGCUUUUUGAUCGUGUCCUGUUUUUGCUCCAUGUAGUAUUUAUUUUCUCCUGGUAAAGGAACGGUUUAUCACCUCUCCUAGUCGCUACACUGCUGCUGUCUUUGCAAAUAUCCACUCCCCCUAACACAAGGAUUUAAACAUGGGAUGGACAGCUAGGGACAGUGGGUAGGCAGGGAACAGGGUAGCGGAAAGCCCUUACAGAUUGGGAAUUUGCAUGUCUCACAUUUAUGGGAUCACAUGAUUGGAUUACAUCGGAGUUCACGCUUUAAAAACUUCAUAAUAUCGUGACCAUUUAGAGGCUUUAAGUUUUAACAAGGAACUGAGCUCAGCAUUCCUACAAUUAAUUAGGCUUUAAUGUAUCUAAAUUCUCUAUUGAAUCAGAUCCUUCCUGAAUCAGAGAGUGGGUGCUUCUUUAGUACACAGAGUUGAGAAACCAUAUUUUUAUAGCUCAUUUAGCCCAGUGCUAAGUGAAAUACAUAGUAUUGGCCAUCAUAUUUCAUAUUUUUCCUCAUGCAGUUAAAAAUUACGAGUAUUUUUGUACUACGCUAACAUAUAGAUGUAUCAGGAGUAAAAUAUAUAUCUUAUUAUAUAUACCCUAUUUUUAAUUCUAUCUCAUAGUUGAAACCAUAAGAUUCUAAAACCUUAUACUUAGAUACACUCUUUGCCAUCCAGGCUUUCUUAAAGAGAAUUACUAUUUCAGCAUUUUUGUGUGACAGGCAAAGCUCUAGUACUUCUAACAGGCUUCAGAAGCAGAUAAUAUUUUCUUAGUUUUACCGUGAGAAGUCUGAUCUUUGAGAGGUUAAGUACUUUGAACAAGGGCACACAAAAGGGUAAAGCCUGGCCUUGAACACAGGCUGGUUUGACAUCAGAAUAUGUAGUCAUGACUUUCUGUGCCAUGCAUCCUCUUAGGGGAGUGGGCAACCUCUGGCAGUAGCUGUUAUUUCCUAUAAUCUCCACUGAGGAAGUAGGCACUGAGAAUAACUGGGUCAUAUGAUGCCACAUUACUUAGUUGCUGAUCUUAGGUUACUUAACCUCUCCAAAACUUAGUUUUCUUCUCUAUAAAAUGGAUAAAUGAUAAUAGCUACCUUUUCACUUAUUGUUAGGAUUAAAUUAGGUAAUGUGUAGAAAAUAAGCAAUUGGUAGCUACUCCGUAGGUUUUGUUUGCUUCCUAUACAGCAACAGAUGGGACCUCAGUUUUGAACAAAGCAUUCCUGUUCCAUUCUUGCCUGUUCGCUUAGUGAGUAAACAUUGCUUCAUGUUUAGGGCCAACAUAAAAGGUUUUGCUUAUCAUUUUUAUUGCAGGAAGUUAAAACUAAAAUUUUUGCGCUGGAUCCUUGAGAAAGAGUCUUGUGGAGGAGGAGACUGAGGUGGCCGAUUUAGGAACAUAGGUGGUUAGGUUUUAGAUAGUUACCAUCUAGGCAUUCUGUAUUGCAGAUCACUCUUUAAAUAUGUAUAAAUCAGGUCAGACUAGGUUAUGCUGCAGUAACAAGUAACUCCAGAACCCCUCAGUGACUUCCAAUAACAAGGGAUUUUCUUGUUUGUGCUUUAUGAUCAUUUGAGUUAGUGGGACCUCAACUCUUUUGUUGGAUUCAUUUUCCGGAGCAGUGCAUUUUCAGAGGGGCUAAAUGAUGUGGAAGAUCUUGCUUUGGUAACUAAAGGCUUCAGUCUGGAAGUAAAAAAGAUCUCUCUUCCACUUAAGAGGUCAUUGGCUAGAUUGGUCAGAGGUUCCAGAGUAACACUGAGAGGCAGAAAGUGUCAUCCUCUCAUGAUCCUAGAAUGGGGGACUGAUACUGGGGAAUAGCCAUAAUAGUAACUUAGGCUCACUCAAUUAACUCAAAACCAGAAUGGCCAUGAUGUGGUGCUUGCUGUCCAAUAGGGCAGGUGGACUGCACACAGCGUAACCUCCGUAGCCUGAUGCUAUCCUCCAGUUGUACCUGGUGAUGCUACUUUAAAACACAAAGUGAAUUUCUUCACUCUUAUCUGAUAAAGCACGUGGAUUAAUUGAUGUACAUUGAGUUUAUGGAGCCACCUUUUUGUGACCUGCUCUUCCUUCAGUUUCUAAGAAGAAGAAGGAGCUCCUGAAUCCAAAAAGAUGCCUCGAACGAAACAGAUUCAUCCUAGAAAUCUAAGAGACAAAAUUGAAGAAGCACAAAAAGAACUUAAUGGGGCAGAAGUUUCAAAAAAAGAAAUUCUAGAAGCAGGUGUUAAAGGAUCUUCGGAAUCUCUGAAAGGUGUGAAACGGAAAAAGAUUGUUGCUGAGAAUCACCUGAAAAAAAUACCAAAAUCCCCCCUGAGGAAUCCUCUGCAGGCAAAACAUAAACAGAAUACCGAAGAUUCGUCUUUUGCAGUUCAGAGUGUGUCAGAAUCUCACAAGAAGCCGAAUUCUGUUCCUGUAAGAAAUGGGAAGCUGUUCACCAGACAGAAUGGAGAGGCGCCUGCCCUGACUGCUGAGGCCUCCAAACCCGGGGGCUCCGUCUCCCCCGAGAAGCCCUCGUUUCUGCAGCGCCCGGCGGAGCUGCGGAGAUGGAGAUCGGAAGGCGCGGACCCUGCCAAGCACAGUGUGCUGCCUGAGAACUGGGACUCGGGUUCUCUGUCCAGUAAAACCAGGACUGACAGCAGUGAAUGUAUCUCUCCUCACCGCACCACGCCCCCCGCGUACACCAACACCGCAUUUGAUGUCUUACUGAAAGCAAUGGAGCCAGAACUGAGCACCUUGUCACAAAAGGGCUCGUCUUGUGCAAUUAAGACAGAAAAACUGAGACCAAAUAAAACUGUACGAUCCCCAUCUAGAUUAAAAAACAGUUCAGCGAGUGCCCCAAAUCAGACUCCACCAGAACCCGUUGCCGAGCCGCAGCUUCCUCCCAGUACCUCAUACACAGUGCAUGUCUCUGCUCCUCAGAAGAACGAGCAAGCAGCAGUUCAGUCGGUUUCUCAUCUGGAUAAUCAGCGGGAACACUUUGUUUCCAAACCUAAUCAACACAGUCAGCAGCUCCCUGGGCACUCGGGUUUCACAGGAGCACUGACGAAUCUGCAAAGUCAGGAGAACGGCAAACAUGAACAGGUGUAUAACUCAGCAGUGACAUCAGCCACAGGUCUCAUUUCUCCUUCCAGUAGAACUCAGGUCACUCCUCCAAACCAGCAAGUGGAUUCUGCUUCACCUUUGUCAAUAAGUGCAGCCAAUUCCACACAGUUGCCCCCUGCGCCACUUUAUAAUUCAACUCACGUUGCCUCUGUUGUUAAUCAAAGCGUAGAACAAAUGUACAAUCAUCUUCUGAAAGAUCAGAAACCAAAAAAGCAAGGAAAAUAUAUUUGUGAGUAUUGCAAUAGAGCUUGUGCAAAGCCUAGUGUGCUUUUAAAGCAUAUCCGCUCCCACACAGGAGAGCGGCCCUAUCCCUGCGUGACUUGCGGAUUUUCAUUUAAGACUAAAAGCAAUCUGUAUAAGCACAAAAAAUCCCACGCACAUACUAUCAAACUGGGCCUUGUCUUGCAACCAGAUGCUGGUGGUUUGUUCUUGUCCCAGGAGUCCCCCAAAGCACUUAGUAUCCAUUCAGAUGCAGAAGACAGUGCAGAGAGUGAGGAAGAGGCUGCUGCUGAAGGAAGACAGAAUGAGCGGGGGGCCAUGGACUUGCAGCCUGUGCAGAUAAUGAAGAGGUCGUCAAAUCCUGAAGCCUUUCCAAAAUCAAGUUCCAUUCUAAGCAAUCCAGAUCAGGUGGCAGGUGACUUUUCACUACAGGACCCAUCUUCAGAAUCACAAGCUGUGACAGACUUACCAAAAGUUGUGGUCCACCCUAUCAGCGUGUCCCCAUCCAGAACCGACAGCUCGCAGGUUGUCAGUACCAAGCCCGAGCUUCCUAGUGCACACAGACAGAAGGACCUUCAGGUAACAAAGGCACUGUCACAGUCUGCCACUGUGACCUCCCUAGAGACUGAGGAGAAGUCCCGUCAGAAAGGGGACACAGGUCAGCCGGAAGGGAAACAGGACUCCCAUGGUGGAGGAGCGGCCCACGCCCAGCUGCAGAGGCAGCAGGCCACCGAUCACUCCCAAGAGCAGCAAGGAAAGCUGCUGCUAAGCCCUCGCAGUUUAGGAAGCACAGAUUCCGGCUACUUCUCACGAUCUGAAAGUGCGGAUCAAACAGUGAGCCCACCCACUCCCUUUGCCAGAACCUUCCCCACCACCGAGCAAGACUCUGCUAAGAGCAAUGGGCCCUCUGCACCAAGACUCAGUACACCAGCACCCUCCGCGCUGUCGACAGGGGAAAAGCCACCCCUCGUACCUGGUCAGAUGCGCCCUCCCUUGGCCACCAAGACCCUGGAGGAACGGAUAUCAAAGCUCAUCUCAGACAAUGAAGCCUUGGUGGACGAUAAGCAGCUGGACAGCGUGAAGCCACGGAGAACCUCUCUCUCCAGACGAGGGAGCAUCGAUUCCCCCAAAUCAUACAUAUUUAAAGAUUCUUUCCAGUUUGACCUGAAGCCAAUGGGACGGCGAACCAGCUCCAGCUCUGAUAUAGCCAAGUCCCCGUUCACCCCGACAGAGAAGUCCAAACAAGUGUUCCUCCUGUCCGUUCCUUCCCUCGACGGCUUGCCUAUCACAAGAAGCAACUCCAUGCCGACCACAGGCUACUCGGCCGUCCCUCCGAAUGUGAUCCCUCCCCCGCACCCACUGAGAGGAAGCCAGUCAUUUGAUGACAAAAUUGGUGCUUUCUACGACGACGUCUUCGUCCCGGGACCUAACUCUUCUGUGCCACCAAGUGGACAUCCUCGCACUCUCGUCAGGCAGGUAGCAGUGGAAGACUCUUCAGCCACUGAAAACCACGUUCUCGGCCCCAGCCAGUCCUUGGAUGAGGGCCACCAGGGAGGCCACGCCACCACGGAACCUGUGUCGGCCCGCGGCAAGACCUCGGCACCGGGCUCCCAUCUGGAGAAAAAGAAGUCUCAUCAGGGCCGAGGGACCAUGUUUGAGUGUGAAACCUGUAGAAACAGGUACAGGAAGCUGGAAAAUUUCGAAAACCAUAAGAAAUUCUACUGUUCAGAGUUACAUGGGCCCAAAACAAAGGUCCCUGUGCGGGAGCCCGAGCACGGCCCCCUGGGGAGCAGCGCGCAGCCGCAGGUUCUCCACUACAGGGUCGCAGGCUCCUCGGGCGUCUGGGAACAGACGCCGCAGAUAAGGAAAAGGAGGAAAAUGAAAAGUGUUGGAGACGACGAGGAGCUUCCACAGAACGAAAGCGGAACUUCCCCCCAAAGCUCCGAAGCCCUACAGUUUCAGAACGCCCUGGGCCCCGUCCCCAGCCUGUCUAAACCCUCUGUCGCCGGAUCAGGGGACCAGCAGCACCGACACGUGCAGCUGCAGAACUCCCAGGUGCAGCUCGUCACCAGGGGCCCUGAGCAGACUGUGGACCCAAAGCAACAGAUAAGUUUGGCUGCCCAGGACCGGGUGGAGGUGAAGAGACAAGGGGCCGGCAUCUCCGUCAUCCAGCACACCAACUCCCUGAGCAGACCCAGUUCCUUUGACAAAGUCGAGCCCUUCGAAGGAGCUUCCACGGUUUCUUUCCAGGAGCUGAGCAGAACUGGGAAGCCUGGGUCUCUGAAAGUAGUAGGGAUCUCCCCAGAGGACACGUCACAUCCUCACCAGCGUACGCUGUCAGAAGCUGUCAGAGGAGAGCCAUGGGAAAGUUCCAGAAAGAUGCCAGGCGAGCGGCAUGUGCUGGGACAGCCCUCGAGACUUGUCCGACAGCACAACAUCCAGGUGCCAGAAAUUCUGGUCACGGAAGAGCCAGAUCGAGACCUGGAAGCCCAAGGUCACGAUCAAGAAAAAUCUGAGAAGUUCAGCUGGCCUCAGCGUAGUGAGACCUUGUCAAAGCUGCCAACAGAGAAACUGCCACCCAAAAAGAAGAGGCUCCGUCUGGCCGAGAUCGAGCAUUCCUCUACUGAAUCGAGUUUCGACUCCACUCUCUCCCGGAGCCUGAGCAGGGAGAGCAGUUUAUCCCAUGCUUCAAGUUUCUCAGCCUCCUUAGAUAUAGAGGACAUCUCUAAGACAGAGGCUUCACCAAAAAUUGAUUUUCCAAAUAAAGCCGAGUUUCUUUUGAUUCCACCUGGCUCGAAUACGCUGAAUGUUCCCGGAAGCCACCGGGAAAUGAGGCGGGCUGCAUCUGAACAGAUCAGCUGCAUGCAGACAUCCCUGGAGGUCCCCAGCUUCAGAAGUAAGUCAUUCGACUGUGGCAGCAUCACACCAACCCAGAUGACACCGCUUGCUGAGUCACAGCCUUCGACCCCCACCUCUGGCACUGGGGUCACCGGACACGUGCCUCUCUUAGAAAGAAGGAGAGGCCCACUGAUCCGGCAGAUAUCUUUAAACAUAGCUCCAGAGAGUCUUGUGCCUCCAGUGAACCCACCAUCUUUCCAAAAUACUGCUCUGCCCAGCGUGAGUGCAGGGCCAUUUCAGGGUCCUCCGCUCCCUAAUACACCUUUGGGUGAGUUUUCAACAAACACUUUGCACUCCCAGACGCAAGCUAAGGAUCUGCGGACAGAAGCGCCAAGCUCCAGCUCUGCUAACAUCUUUCCUGUCCAACAGCUUUUUGGUGUCAACUUAUUGAACCAAACCCAUACACCCCUUGGCCAGCAGAACGCACAGCUGCCUCUGCCGGGGUCUGAGCAGGGUGACACACCAGGUGCUCAAUCCACUCUAUGUGUGUCUUCUCAAAGCAAGGAUUGCUUUGCUCCCAAGUACCAGUUGCAGUGCCAGGUUUUCACCUCAAGCCAGUCUUGCUCCUCUAAUCCCGCACAUCCUUCACCGAAUCAAGUUCUUUCAGAUCCAGACAGAGCAGAUAGUUGUGCAGCUUCAGUGGCAUUGCCAAUCAAAUUAGUGGAUCCCCUGUGUGAUUCAUGUCCUCUGCCACUGCCGGAGCUCGGGCCACCGGGCAGGCAGGUGCACAACGUGCCAUCCUCAUUCAUGCUGCCCGUGCAUCUGCAGAGUAAUGUUCCCACAUACUGUUUUGCCACUGUGAUAUCUCUGCCACAGAUCCUAGUGACCCAAGAUCUGUGCAGCACGCCAGUUUGCCAGGCUAAUCAAACGAUAGUGCCAAUCAGUGAAGAACAGAAUUCUGUGCCACAGUCACAGAAAGCUCACCAGAAUGCUUUGCCAAAUCCAGAGAAAGAGCUUGUUUGCAAAAAUAUUUUUUCAGAGUUCAGCCAAAAUUCUCACUCUGAAUCCUUGCCGGUCACUCAGAAAAUGUCUGUUGGUAGACUUUCCCCCCAACAAGAAUCUUCAGCUUCUAGUAAAAGGAUGCUCUCCCCAGCAAAUAGUUUAGACAUCGCCAUGGAAAAGCACCAAAAACGGGCUAAAGAUGAAAAUGGAGUUGCUUGUGCCACAGAUGUUAGGUCCAUAGAGCCAUUAAGUUCAAGAGCAAAUGAGGUUAAUAAGCAGAAAAAACCAGUUUUGGUGAGGCAGGUUUGCACUACAGAGCCCCUUGAAGGUGGGAUAUUGGAACAGGAAGCUUUUUCUAAGCCUGAAACUGGUAGUGAGGCUGUUAAUUUGCCAGAUGUUUUACCAGCUGAUCAUUUGUCAUCAGGACAGUCUAAGUUGGUAGUCACAGAACCUAUCAGUGAAUUACAAGAAUUUGAAAACAUCAAGUCAUCUGCAUCAUUAACUCUCACAGUCCAGAAGUCACCUGUCACUUCAGAAAACAACCUCGUUUCCCCUCUGAAAUCUGCAAACAGUAACCAGGAAGGGGAGUCUCCAGGGGCGAAGAGCCAAGGGAACAAAGCCAGUGCACAAGGGCAGGGUCAGCCGCCAGCCGCCACCCUUCCACUGUUGGGCCCUGCGGAUGCACAGCAGCCCUCUUUCCCCAGCCUCAAGACUGCCACCAGCUUCACAUGGUGUUACCUGUUAAGACAGAAGUCACUGCCUUUGCCACAGAGUGACCAGAAAACGUCAGCCUACACCGAGUGGACAGUAAGCAACAGUGACCCAAAUCCACUUGGUUUGCCUACGAAAGUUGCGCUUUCUCUCCUUAACUCAAAGCAGAAGACUGGAAAAUCACUGUAUUGCCAAGCAAUAACCACCCAUUCCAAAUCAGAUUUGUUGGUCUAUUCAAGCAAGUGGAAAAGCAACCUAAGCAAGAGAGCAUUAGGUAAUCAAAAGUCCACAGUAGUUGAAUUCAGCAAUAAAGAUGCCUCUGAAAUUAACAGUGAGCAAGAUAAAGAAAAUUCCUUAAUCAAAAGUGAACCAAGAAGAAUUAAAAUAUUUGAUGGAGGGUACAAAUCAAAUGAAGAGUAUGUGUAUGUCCGGGGCAGGGGAAGAGGAAAGUACAUUUGUGAAGAAUGUGGAAUUCGUUGUAAGAAACCUAGUAUGUUAAAGAAACACAUACGAACCCACACCGACGUCCGCCCCUACCACUGCUCUUACUGUAACUUCUCCUUUAAGACAAAAGGAAAUCUGACAAAGCACAUGAAGUCCAAGGCUCACAGCAAGAAAUGUGUGGAUUUAGGCGUCUCAGUAGGUUUAAUAGAUGAACAAGAUACAGAAGAAUCAGAUGAGAAGCAGAGAUUCAGCUACGAGAGGUCUGGCUGUGACCUUGAGGACUCUGACGGCCCUGAGGAAGAUGACAACGAAAAUGAAGAGGACGAUGAAGACAGCCAGGCCGAGUCGGGCCUGUCCGCGGCUCCCUCUGUCACCGCCAGCCCGCAGCAUCUUCCCGCUAGAAGUGGCCUGCAGGACUCCGCAAGCGCUGACGAGGAGGUCAGGACGCCCGAGUGCUGCCCAGGGGCACAUGCAGACCCAAUGGAUGUGCUGCCUAGAGCGCUGCUCACCAAGAUGACCGUGCUGAGCGCCAUGCAGUCCGACCGCAACCAGAGGACACACUCUCCGGCCAAGCCCGCGCAGCAGGCCGCCAAGCAUGAAGGCCAGACAGGUCCUCCCGUCGAGCCUUCCAGGUCAGCUGAGGCUGCAGCCAGGUCCCCCUGCCGUCAGAUGUCUGUGGACUACCCUGAAUCAGAAGCCCUGCAAAACUCUCUGACAGGAAGGACUGUCGCAGUGACACAGGACACGUCAUCUGCCAGACUCCCUUCUGCUGCAGUGGAGCUCAGUGCUCAGCCUGCACCAGGGGCUCCUACCGUGGCUGCUCACGAACAAAAGUCACCACCACAAGUCGCCCUCCCCGCGCCACCAGGCCUGCCUUCCGCCCACACGCACUUGUUUAGCCACCUCCCCCUGCAUUCCCAGCAGCCGUCCAGGACACCCUACAACGUGGUGCCAGUGGGGGGCAUCCACGUGGUGCCCGCCGGCCUCACUUACUCCACGUUUGUGCCCAUUCAGGCUGGGCCAGUGCAGCUCACAAUUCCUGCUGUCAGUGUCAUUCACAGAACCGUGGGCACCCCUGGGGACACGGGCACAGAAGUUCCCAGCACUACAAAUCCCGCGGGGGUGGCGGAGCUGAGCGGCGUCGUGCCGUGCAUUCCCAUCGGCCAGAUCCGCGUGCCCGGCCUGCAGAACCUGAGCGCCCCGGGCCUGCCGUCCCUCACGUCGCUGAGCAUGGAGACCGUGAACAUCGUGGGCCUGGCCAACGCCAGCAUCGCCCCGCAGGCGCACCCCCCGGGGCUGGCGCUCAACGCCGUGGGCCUGCAGGUCCUGGCCGGGACGCCCUCGUCGCAGAGCAGCCCCGCCCCGCAGGCGCACCUCCCCGGCCUCCAGAUCCUCAACAUCGCCCUGCCCACGCUCAUUCCCUCCGUCGGCCAGGUGGCCCCCGACGGCCCGGCCUCCCAGAGCAAAGCGUGUGAGCCGCUAGCCAAGCAGACUUCGGCGGCCAGCGCUCAGCAGGUCAGCAGGACCGAGUCUCCUCAGGGGUCACCUCAAGUCCAGCCGGAAAAUGCAAAAAACAGGCCGGGUCCACCCGCCCCCGCAGGUGACCGCGCGAGGCUCGAUGGCUCAGGUGCCCUGGACCCCGAGAAGGCCGCCUCAGCGAGUCAGGGCAGACCCAGGCCUGAGCCGAGCCGCGGGCAGGGCCAGGCGGCCACCGCAGAGCCCCUGCGGAGGGUGCGGGCGGAAGCCGUGGGCAAGCCGGCCGGCCCGCAGAUGGACAGACCCACGGACAGACCGGCGUCCAGGCCCGCAGCUCCGCCCCAAAGGCAGCCCCCCGUGCAGUUCAGCGACGGGAGCAGCGACGAGGACGAGGACAGGCUUGUGAUAGCAACCUAGUGGUUUAGUUUUUAUUAUUUUUUUAAAUAACACUUAAAGGUUUCUUUGAAAACCCUCUUUUCCUUAAAGCACAUUUUUCUGACAUAAACUCAUGACUAAUCUUUGUGCAAUCAUGAACUUUUGACCAAUAAUUGUUGUUUUGUGUCAGCUCCAGCCAUUUUUGUACAUGUUGUAUAGACAAUUGUGCCUUUUAGAAGUUUUAUGUUUAGAAACUGUACAGAUUGUUGAAUCUCUCUCUCUAUAAAAAUAUGUUAUAUAUGUAUAUGAAAAAAACCAGGUAGUUAUUUGUGUUUAGUAAGAAGAACCCAUCAAAUAAAUCAGAUGAUUAAAUUAUAUGUUUGCACUGUUGAAUAUAAAUUUUUAUGGCCGUGGGGCAGUUUCUGUGUAUAAAUUAGUAUGUGAACUCCAUAUUUAUUGUAUUCAUAAUAGUCUUUGAAAAUGGAUCUGUCCUCCUCCUUGUGUACGACAAUAACUUUACACUUCAGACAGGUUUUCUGUGUUAUGAACUGUUUCAGUAAAACAUUGUUUACUGACUUUA